CUACAUCGGCCGAAUGUACCCGAGCGGACCUCUUCGGGCGUCGUUGGCUGCGCGUGCGCAUCGCGGAUCGCCGCCACCGCGGCCCGCGCGUUCCCGCCGCUCGCCACUUCACCUUCAAACCUUGUACGCGUCGCACAUGGGCAUUCUUUUGUACCUUUAAUUACGAAUAUAAUAAUUGUUAUACAGUCCAUUGCGUUUCUAUCAAGUCAACCUCAUCAGAGCCUUAUCAAACUGGUCCUCUCGCGGAAAAGUACUUGCCCCGUCGUAAUUUUUUUUCGUCUUCGAAAACCAACGUAACGGCCGCCGUUUGGAAUUUGAACGUGGCCAGGAAGACAAAGAACAAAGGAGUCGUCCCCGUGGCAGCGUGUUCGCAACAUUGGAAGGAGCUGAAGUCAUUUUCUGGGAGUAUAUUUGCAUAUUUGAACGAACAUCGAGAUGCUUUCCGAAGAAGCUGACAGUGCCGCAUCCUUAGUGGAACGUGAGGACUUCGACCGCCAGUUCUUCAGCCUGGUGGCACUCACGCGCAGCCUGCUCGGUUCUUCGGUGUCCAAUGGUUCGGAGGCGGGCUUCAGAGAUGCUGACUCAGGUGCACAUGUUUCCAAUUCCUUUGUUCGUUUGCCAAAAAUUGAUUUGCCUCAUUUCGACGGAAAUUACCAGUACUGGCUCGAGUUUAGAGACACUUUCGUGUCUUUAAUCCAUGAAAACGAUUGCAUUAAUGACAUAAACAAGUUUCACUACCUACGCGCCUCUCUCCAAGGUAAUGCCGCUUUACUAAUUAAAAAUAUCGAUUUUAAAAAGGACAAUUACAAAAUAGCUUGGGACUUGUUGUGUGAGCGGUACAAUAACAAUCGUUUACUUGUGAACAACCAUUUGCAGGCUUUAUUUGAUGUCGAACCUAUCAGAGGAGAAUCUAGUGCCAGCAUUAGGAAUGUCGUAGAUGUCACAAACAAAAAUAUACGUGCUCUCACAAAUUUAAAACAACCAACGAAAUAUUGGGACGCAUUAGUUAUUUUUAUUUUAGUUAAAAAAUUAGAUUUAACAACCAGCCGUGACUGGGAGGAGUAUAGAAACAAUAGUAUUUCAGGUGAUCCAACUUUAACUCAAUUUUGUUCAUUUUUAAAUAGAAAAGCUGACUGGUUAGAAUCUGUUGAGAGUAACAAUACUUUAAAUUCAUCAAAUAAUAAAAUAAUUGUAGCUUUAAAUAAUAGUCACCUGUCAAAUAAUUCUAAUACUUCUAAAUUAAAUAAAUUUAAUAGUAAUAUUAAAAAACAAAAUAAAAUUAAUAAUAAAUGUCCUCUCUGCUCCCAGGUACAUACUUUGUACAAAUGCGAAUCUUUUCGAGCUUUAGCUAUUGAAAAUCGCAUACAAAAAGCUAAAGACUUUGAUCUUUGCCUUAACUGCUUAAGGCCAGGACACUCUUCUAAGCAGUGCAAAUUUUCUCAUUGCCGAUAUUGCAAAUUGAAGCACAAUACACUCUUGCAUAUAGAAUCUAGCGAUAAACCACUUUGCAAUCCAUUGCCUACUGCCAAUCAUUCUAUAUCGCCUUCUUCAUCGCAAUCUUCUAAUGUUGUGCUUUCCGCUAAUUCCAUGCAGCUUGCUACAUCUUCGCUUGUUUACCUGUCCACAGCUUUGGUGAACGUGACCAGUGCGACGGGUAAGAAGUACACAGCACGGCUACUGCUGGACAACGGUAGUACGGCGAAUUUUGUUACGCAGAGCUUCGUCGAGAAGCUGGGUUUGUCUCUGCGCGGUACGAGCACCAAGCUGUAAAGGCGGUUCAUCUGGAGCUCGUUUCCGACCUCACUACUGAGGCGUAUAUGGCAGCCUUAAAUCGGUUCGUGGCGCGUCGAGGCAAGCCCCGAAGCAUCACGUCCGAUAACGGGACUAACUUCGUAGGCGCGUGCAACGAGAUUUAUAAAUUUAUAAAUUCCUCAAAUGUUGCAUCUGAAAUGGCGCAGGAGGGAAUAGAGUUUAUUUUUACACCUGCAUACAGCCCACAUUUUAAUUCACUUGCUGAGGCUGCUGUGAAGUCUACAAAAAAACACUUAAAAAGACUUCUUAACCAAACUCAUUUCACCUUUGAAGAACUGGCUACAUGUCUCACUCAUAUUGAGGCUGUAUUGAACUCACGCCCUCUUACACCUCUUUCCUCAGACCCUAAGGAUUUUUGUGUAUUAACACCUGCCCACUUCCUAAUUGGUAGACCACUCUUAUGUGUGCCUUGCUCCCAGGUGACUGACGCCAACAUCUCUCGAUUGGACCGCUGGAAGAGAGUCCAGCACAUCAGAACACAUUUCUGGGGCCGAUUUCACAAUGAGUAUACUUCUCUGCUGCAGGUGAAAACAAAAUGGUUUGCUUCCAGAGGGGAAUUGAAACCAGGGUCCUUGGUCCUCAUCAAAGACAAGAUGGCGCCACCUCUGCUCUGGUCCCUGGGCCGGGUCAUCAAGACCUACCCGGGCGUUGACGGUGUCACGAGGGUCGCAGAGUUGAAGACCAGGAAGGGCACUAUCCGUCGCGCCUUCAACUCUAUCUGUCCGCUCCCAAUAGAUUGAAGACCUGGACGCUUCAACCCGGGGAGGAUGUCGGCGCAUCUACAUCGGCCGAAUGUACCCGAGCGGACCUCUUCGGGCGUCGUUGGCUGCGCGUGCGCAUCGCGGAUCGCCGCCACCGCGGCCCGCGCGUUCCCGCCGCUCGCCACUUCACCUUCAAACCUUGUACGCGUCGCACAUGGGCAUUCUUUUGUACCUUUAAUUACGAAUAUAAUAAUUGUUAUACAGUCCAUUGCGUUUCUAUCAAGUCAACCUCAUCAGA